UAUGUCGACAUGGUAUGUAUACAUUUUAUGAGGAGACCCAGUCUUGUCUGAGGAUCGUUAGCGCCCCUGUGUUAAACUGGACGGUCGCGGAGGGAUUCUGUCGACGUGACGGUGGACAUUUAGUGUCCAUAGAUACAGAAAACAAAACUAGUCUGGUCACACAGCUAAUAAACUCUGGCCGUGGAUCCAGCGUGACACGAUUUUGGAUUGGCCUAAGUGACCGUGAGACAGAAGGGACCUUUAAGUGGAUCACUGGACAUCCUCUGGUAUAUUCCAACUGGAACACUGGUCAACCCAACGAUUACUACAACAAAUGUGUGACGAAUUCGUCCGACGCGGACUGCGCCAUCACUCGAACAGAUGGCAGAUGGGGUGAUGACUGCUGUGAAACCCCUCAUGGAUUUAUCUGUGAAAUCAUUUGAAUACAUUCUACAAACUAUACACAAUUAAGUAAACACAACUCGAUCUUUGAAGAUUUUUGAAGAAUGGAUUUUAAUGUUUGCAUCAGCUGUUCAGGAUUUCUCCCUUUAAUUAUCACUAGGAGACCUUACUCUGUCUCCGGGAAGUCUACUGAUGAUUGGAACAAUCGAUAGCUGUGGGGGAAUCAUUUUAUAAUGAUAAUUAAAUAUAUAAAUUGAAAGACAAAAGUCAAUUUUUGCAGGAAAACAAAAAUGAAGACAUUCCUUGCAGUCAAAGUCCAGGGUACAUGACAUUGUGCAUUUAUCCCUAUUAGAUGAAAGAUAUGGGGAUAACGAACAGUAUUCAAUAUCAAAGUCCAUAAAUCAAUACAUGUACAAAAUAGGAGCGGAGCAAACACAGACCCCCGAAAUAUCAGAGGUGGGAUCAGGUGUCAUGGAAGAGAGAGCUUCUCUUGCCUGCCAACCGGUCACACCCACCGUGUGCUCCUUGUCAUGAUCUUGAAAUAACGGGAAAAUGCGUCGUAAAUUCAGUGUA